CUGAACAAAGGAAUCUCAGUACAAGCCCGUCUAGAAGAAAGGUAGCGACACGGUAAGCGUUUUACACAUGAAAUUUCCAAACUCAAGGGGGCACAAAGGUCAUACUGGCAACACAAAGAGCUAUACGUGUGGAAGAAGAAGAAAGGUCUGGUAUGAAGUAGAGGUGUGGUUCCCCGCCCUGAGGAGUACUUGCCAUCCGCUCUUCUAACCCAUCUACUAUCCCAGAGCAAUGUCCGUCCCCAACCGCGAUUUCGAUGAGACAGUCCUUCUUCCAGGUGGGAAACCUUACCCGUCAUUUGGCCGGUCUGCCAAUCCUAACGCUUUCUUGACUGACCAGAUAGGCUACCCUCCAGACGAACAUGAAGAGCUGAAAGAAGAGAUAAGAAAUGUCUAUGCAGCCAGAUCCAGAAGGAAUCUGUUUCACGGAUAUCUGAACGAAUUCCUCAGUGCACGUUGCGCCGCGCGGAAUUCUCAUCAAACAAGAAUGCCAGACUCUGCGACGACAACAACGGAAGUCCUAGACACCCUUGCCGUCACAGAAGAGCUCCUCAACCACUCUGAGAAGUCGGCCACGAGCCAAAGGCCAAGUCCGACGAAAGAGGAGAGAGAAAUAAUGAAUAAACUCGUGCGAAGAGCCUCUGUGUCAUUGACGACAUUUCCAAAUGCUAAAGAAGACCUUCUGCGGUUCGUUCGAUCUCUCAAGCUCCCCCUCCAAGAACUCGUCUGUGCCGGAGAUGCCACUCCCCACUCUCAUGACGAAGACAAACCGGCAAUUCUAGAUUCAGUGGAACUUGAUUUCCUACAGUCACGUAGUCUCUACACUGUGAACCUGUACAACUCGUAUAUACAAUGUACGACCAACUGCGAGGGGAACUCAGUUGAGCCAAAGUCGACGACGGGACUCGGAGAUAGACUGAGUGGCCUGGCUGCUCAGCGAGUUCUAUUUUUUCUCUAUUCAACGGGGGAUUUAUGUGCUCUCCAAUGUGGCGCCGAUACCUGUCCCAAAGGUGACGAAACGUCCGAGUCGCAAUCGCGACUGUCGCCGUCAUUGAGAGGCAACACUCCUCAGUUGCUUCUCAAACGUUUGUUCUCUGGUGUCAGUACCCGUGAGUAUUAG